AUGUACUUCCGCCAUACGACAACUGCGUAUGGUGCUAAUCCCGACCAACUAGAUGAGUACUUGCAUAUGGGUCGUGCAACUUCAAUGGAAUGUUUAAAUAACUUUUGUAAGUGUGUUUAUUAUUUAUAUCAGACUGAGUACUUGAGAAAGCCAGCAAGUGAAGAUGUCCAACGUUUGGUAAAUAAGCAUGAACAGAUACAUGGUUUUUUUAAACAUAAUGUCUGCCCGUUUUCGGUGAACAAAAUAAAACGUAUUAUGUAUGCUUGUGUCAUUCUACACAACAUGAUUGUUCAAGACAACGGUAACGCAAUAUCCGACUUUGAGGAAGAUUAUUUGUCCGAUCCAACUAAUGUGCCAACACGUACGUGGGAUGAAAGGGUUGCAACGCAAAUGCGGGUCUUCGAGGAGUUACGUGAUAGAAGGAUGCAUCAUUGA